AUGGAAGCGCUGGAGGUGGAUGACAUCAGCCCCGCCCUGGAGGUGACUGAGGAUUUCUUCAGCACUUUUGACAGCAAGCUGGAAAAGGCUGUCCAGCAAGCAGAGGUGUAUGGGAUCCAGGAAGUCCCUGAGCUGGUGGGGCACGAGGCACUCGGUCACAUCACAGACAACGGUGCUCUCCGAAACGUCGCUGCCCUAGGCGAGGGGGGCAUGCUUUGGGACCCCUGUCAGACCAAAGUCCAAAAUGUCUUCUUCGCCAAAGAACAGUUCAUGGUCCAGAAAGGGACGGCCCCAGAUAAUCUUUCCUGGAUGGAGCAAAAGGAAGCAUCCACCUUCAAUGUUUUCAACGUGUGUCAGCGUCGCAGGGACAGACCUCGUUCUGUGAAUGACCUGUUGGAUGAGACCACCACUUUUAAGCCAGGGCAUGCUCGGUCCAGGUCAGACGUUGCCCAGGUGGACUGGAGGGUGAUCCUCAAGACCACGCCUCUGCAGCAGCAGCCGCAGCAGCCCUCUCUUCAGGGCCCUCACUUCACCAGGCCGUCGUUCCUGUCGCCUUCACCAAAUAAGAUAGAAGAUGCUCAAGGAAAUACGGAACACAAGCAGGCAUUCCCCAACAUUCUGAAGAAAGGCUACCUGGAGGUUAGGAAGGACCCCGACAGCUGCUGGCAGAGCUGCUACGCAGAACUCUCCCCUUACGACCUGCGCUUCUACAACCGCGACGGCAGCGGGAACCAGAGCCUGUCCUCCACGUACCCGCUCUCCCACUUCCAGAGCAUCUCCGUGCUGGGCAACCCGGAGGCCAGGCUGGUGGACACCGUGCUGUCCGACAACACGCAGCUGCAGCUGAAGGCGGAGUCCCCGUGGGAGGCGUUGGACUGGGGGCAGAAGCUCUGGGAGGUGGUCCAUGCCGCCGUGCCCGGCGACGUGGGGCGGCGGGACGAGCUGGCAAACUCGCCGGGGCCCGGCUGUCGCUUUGACUGCACACAGAGCCAUUGUUUCCAGAAGCCCAGCGUGCCGCUCGCCCGGGCCCCCGUCGGGGACGGCCCCAGACAGCGCCAGGACGUGCUCAAGUCUGGGACGCUGUACCGGCUCACCGUGCAGAACAACUGGAAGGCGUUCACGUUCGUGCUGAGCAGGGCCUACCUCAUGGCUUUCCAGCCCGGCAGGCUGGACGAGGACCCGCUGCUGAGCUACAACGUGGACGUGUGCCUGGCUGUCCAGAUGGACGCCCUGGACGGUUGCGACUCCUGCUUUCAAGUCAUCUUCCCCCAAGACGCCCUCCGCCUCCGGGCAGAGACACGACAGAGGGCCCACGAGUGGAUGGAAGCUCUGAAAACGGCAGCCAACGCGGCGAGGAGCUCCGAGCAGAACCUGCAAGUCACCCUGAGGAACAAGCCCCAGGACCCGACGGGGGGGCACGAGCUCAGGAAGAGCAAGCGGCAGUCCGUGACCACCAGCUUCCUCAGCAUCCUGACCACGCUGUCCCUGGAACGAGGGCUCACCGCCCAGAGCUUCAGAUGCGCAGGAUGUCAGCGAUCUAUUGGCCUUUCCAAUGGGAAAGCCAAGGUGUGCAAUUACAGUGGUUGGUAUUACUGCAGCAGCUGCCACGUGGACGACAGUUUCCUCAUCCCCGCACGCGUAGUCCACAACUGGGAUACGUCAAAAUACAAGGUGUCUAAGCAGGCCAAAGAGUUUCUGGAGUACGUGUACGAGGAGCCCCUGAUCGACAUCCAGCAGGAGAACCCCCUGCUGUACCUGCACGCCGAGCCGCUGGCCACCGUGGUGCGGCUGCGGCAGCGGCUCAGGUCGCUGCGCGCCUAUCUGUUCAGCUGCCGGGCGGCCGUGGCCGAGGACCUGCGCCGCAGAAUUUUCCCCAGAGAAUACCUCCUUCAACAGAUCCACCUGUAUUCCCUCGCCGAUCUGCAGCAGGUAAUAGAGGGAAAGCUGGCUCCUUUCCUGGGCAAGGUCAUUAAAUUUGCCAGCGCUCACGUGUACAGCUGCAGUCUUUGCAGCCAGAAGGGGUUCAUCUGUGAAAUCUGCAACAAUGGAGAGAUCCUCUACCCUUUUGAGGAUAUUUCGACAAGCAGGUGCGACAGCUGCGGCGCCGUGUUCCACGCCGAGUGCAGGGAGCGGUCGGUGCCCUGCCCGCAGUGCGUGCGCCGGGAGCUGCAGAAGCGGCAGAAGUCCUUCUGGCGGCGGCUGAACGUGGACGCGAGCCUGGAGGAGGCCUGCAGCAUGUUCGAGCUGUCCUUCCCCAACACCUGA